CUUAAAGUGAGUUGAGCUGCUGUGUGUUUGCGCCUCUUUAUAUUAAUUUAGUAAAAUGGCAGAAACCAGAUUUUCUCAGGAUGAAUUCUUGUGUCCAGUGUGUCUGGAUCUCCUAAAGGAUCUGGUGGCUAUUCACUGUGGACACAGCUAUUGUAAGAGCUGUAUUACAGACUUCUGGAAUAUGGAAGAUGAGAAGGGAAUCUACAGCUGCCCUCAGUGCAGACAGACCUUUAGUCCAAGACCUGCUUUAGCUAAAAACACCAUGCUAGCUGAAGUGGUCGACAAACUAAAGAAGACUACACCUCCUGCUGACUGUUAUGCUGGAGCUGAAGAUGUGCAGUGUGAUGCCUGUACUGGAACAAAGUACAAAGCCAUCAAGUCCUGUCUGCAGUGUCUGGAAUCUUACUGUCAAACUCAUUUUGAGCGUCAUGAGGAGUUUCACUCUCGUAAACCACACAAAGUGAUUGAUGCAACUGGACGACUGCAGGACAUGAUCUGCCCAAAACAUGAGAAAGAGCUAGAAGUCUAUUGUAUUACUGACCAACAGUGCAUCUGUGAGCUGUGUAAGGAGUAUGAACAUAAAAACCACGCAACUGUAUCAGCUGUAGCCCAGAGGACAGAGAAACAGAAAGAGCUGAAGGAGACACUGGUAAAGCUCCAGGAGAGACUCCAGCAGAGACAAAAAGAUCUUCAGCAGCUGAGAGCGGCAGUGGAGUCUCAUAAGCAAUCUGCACAGACAGCAGUGGAGGACACUGAGAGGAUCUUUACUGAGCUCAUUUGCUCCAUUGAGAAAAGACGCUCUGAGCUCACACAGAUGAUCAGAGAUCAGGAAAAGACUAUAAGGAGUCGAGCUGAAAGACACAUGGAGCAAUUGGAGCAGGAAAUUGAAGAUCUGAGAAGGAGAAACACUGAGCUGGAGCAACUUUCACACACACAACAUCACAUCCAUUUCCUGCAGAGUUUCCAGUCUCUCUCAGCUCCUCCUGAAUCUACAGAUGUUUCAUUCAGUUCUCUCUUGUGUUUUGAUGGCCUGAGAGAAUCUGUUUCUCAGCUGAAAGUCAAACUGGAGGAUUUCUGCAUAGAGGAGAUUGAGAAAUUCACAGAGAGAGUCACCAAAACGGUUCCCAAGACCAGGAACGACUUCCUACAAUAUUCCCACAAGCUCACUCUGGAUCUGAACACAGCACAUAAACUCCUCCAUCUGUCUGAGAGAAACAGAAUGAUUAUUUGUACUGAGACAGAGCAGCCGUAUCCUGAUCAUCCAGACAGAUUUGACAGCUGGCGUCAGGUGUUGUGUAGAGAGAGUGUGCGUGGAUGCUGUUACUGGGAAAUCGAGUGGAGUGGAAUUAAAGGUGUGUGUAUAUCAGUGUCUUAUAAGAGCAUCAGUAGGAAGGGAUUUGGUAAUGAGUGUGUGUUUGGCGGUAAUGAUCAGUCCUGGGGGUUGUUCUGUUCUACAUCCAGAUACUCAUUAUGGCACAAUAAAAAAAGGUCUGAUCUCCCUCUAAAGCCCAUUAGCCGUAGGAUAGGAGUCUAUGUGGAUGUAGGUGCAGGAACUCUGUCCUUCUACAGCAUCUUUGACACAAUGAGCCUCAUCCACACUGUCCAGACCACAUUCACUCAGCCGCUCUAUCCUGGUUUUACUGUUGAUCCUCGAUCAUCUGUAAAACUGUGUUAAUGAUUUAAAAUAAAUUGAGCUGAAUGAUGAAUCAGUAACAGGGAGAUGUUCCAGACUGUCCUAUUUACUGUUACAUUAAUAAUACAGCUGGACUUUGAGUAAAAUACCAUAACACGUGGCACAGUGGGUAGCAUGAUCACCUCACAGCAAGAAGGUCACUGGUACGAGCCUUAGCUGGGGCAGUUGGUGU